AUGAGUGCCUUAGUGGUAGUAAUUACCAGCCUCUGGUUGCUCAGUCUAAGCACUGAAGCUGCUGCUCCUAAUUAUCUCUAUAAUUUUUGUGGCAAUGACACAACCAUUUACUCUCCUAAUAGCACCUUCAAAUCCAAUCUCAAUCUCCUCCUCUCUAAUCUUUCUUCUAACAAUACACCCAACAACUUGUUUUAUAAUGCAACUGCUGGCCGUGGUCCUCCAGGUGCGGCUUAUGGCCUUUUUCUCUGUCGAGGCGAUGUUACCAUUAAUGCCUGCCAUGAUUGUGUGGUGACUGCCAGUCAAGAGAUAGUCAAGAGCUGUCCCAAUGAGACAGUGGCCUAUAUUUGGUAUGAUGAGUGCAUGCUACGUUAUGAUAACAAGUCUUUUUUCGGGAUCGUGGAUGAAUCACCUAAGGUGUCUAUGUUGAAUACGGAGAAUAUCGCAGAAAAAGAUCAGUUUGCAAAGGUGCUGGGAGAUACUCUAGAUGAAUUAGUAAAUCGGGCUUCGAGCAAUCGAUCUUUAAAUGAUCAAUAUGUCAAGAGGUUUGCAACGGGAGAUGUUAACUUCACAAGUCGUCAGAGACUAUACAGCCUGGUGCAGUGCACACCAGAUUUAUCCGGGGCUGAUUGUAAGCGGUGUCUUCAGGUGGCUAUUGAUAAUCUGCGAAUAUGCUGCAACGGAAAGCAAGGUGGGAGAGUUUUGCAACCAAGUUGUAAUAUUAGAUACGAGAUAUACCCAUUCUAUGGACUCAAAGCCACAGCUCCAUUACCUUCACCGACGCUUCCUCCAAGUUCCUUGACAAGUCCUCGAGGUAAAACAUCAAAGCACAAGCCUAAAUGGGUGAAUUAUCGAGUACAGGCUAUAGAAUUCUUCUUUUGUGGUAUAUAUAGUAGAUUGCAUAUCAUGUUAUUUUAUUCACUAAAAGGUUGGGAUAAAGCUUUAAUUUGUUUAUUUUUGUUUGGGUCUUAA